AUGACCGGCUCCCCCAGUGCCAGCAAAGCAAUUGUGCACGUCUAUGAUCUCUUCGGAUAUUGUCCCCAGACUUAUGAAGGCACGGACAUGCUCGCUACCCAAGGGAGCGAGCAGCACCUUGUUUUCGUCCCCGACUUUAUUGGCCCUGACCGGGCUGCGCAGCACGAUUGGUUCUUGCCCGAUGCCGACCAGCAGCCCCUCCAUGACCUGCUGGCGAUCGUCACUCCGAAGCAGAUGAUGACAAAAAUCCACGCGACGGUCGCGGCGUUGCGAUACGACGGAAAACAUGGAUAUGUGCAGAGGUGGGCUGAAGUCGGUUUUUGCUGGGGUUCCAAGGGCGUCAGUCUCAUUGCAACCCAGGGUGACCAGUGA